AUGCAGUUACAGUGGUAUGAAGUUUUGUGGGCACAUGUGUAUUCGGUUCCCUCAAAGGGGUAUCCGGUUACACGGCUAGAAAAAGUAUGCAGUUUUGGUUAUGGGGUGGGGUAUUGGGUUCAAACGGGAGUAGCUGGUGGAAGCAGAAAAGGCAUCCAUGCCUUCAAAGAUGAUAAAGAUUUAAAAAAAGGUCAAUCCAUUGCACCCGAGCUACUGCAAGCCAUUGAAGCCUCUGGACUUUCCAUUUGGUGCUUGCACGAAGUGGGAGACACACGUAACUGCGCUCAAACAUGGGCAAGACGUGUUAUACCUAUAUUUGAUGAUGUUGAUCCUUUGGUGGUUCGCAAACAUAGUGGAUGUUAUGACAUAGCAUUUGCAGAACACGAAUACAGAUUCAAAGAAAAUGAAGGCAAGAUGGAGGAAGGUAAGAGAUGGAGAGAAGGUCUCACGGAAGUGGCAAAUCUCUGUGGUUGGGAUAUUUUCAGGCCACAAUAUGCGUAG